AUUGAGCUAAAUUAUUAAGGUUAGAAUGGACUUUGUAAUUUACAAAAAAAAACUGACAAGAACAUUUUAAAUUGACACUUGUCAAUAGUUAUAUAAACAAAAUGAAUUUGUCAAAUAAAACUGAAUCAAAUUGGGAAGAAUUUUAUGCAAAUCAAAAGCCUCCAGCUGAUUUGGAAAAUAGUAAAAAACUAUUACAACAAUUUGUACAAAAAAAUAGUAAAGUUGUACUUGUUACAAGUGGAGGAACAACAGUACCACUUGAACAUAAUACAGUAAGAUAUGUUGAUAAUUUUAGUGCUGGAACAAGAGGCUCAGUAUCAGCUGAAUAUUUUUUGGAGCAUGGUUAUGCUGUUAUUUUUCUUUUUAGAGUAAAAUCAUUGGAGCCAUUUGCUCGACAUUUUAUAGGUCAAAAAUUUCUAGACAUGUUGGUUUUAAAUGAACAAAAUGGUCAUCAAUCAUUAACAGUUGCUGAUAAAUAUUCUAAUAAUGUUAUUGAUGUGUAUUUAAAAUAUAAUCAAGCAUUGAAAAAUAAUAAACUACUUCAAAUUUGUUUUACAACACUUUCUGAAUAUCUUUGGUUAUUAAGAGCUGCAUGUGAAGUUUUAAAACCACUGAAUAAUCAAGCUCUACUUUAUUUAGCUGCUGCUGUUUCAGAUUUUUAUGUACCAUCAAAUGAAAUGUCUGUACAUAAAAUUCAAUCAACAACUGUACCAAAUCUUUCACUUCAUUUGGUACCAAAAAUAUUAAAACCACUUGUUAGUUUAUGGGUUCCAAAUGCUUUUGUCAUAUCAUUUAAACUUGAAACUGAUGAAAAUUUAUUAAUAUCAAAAGCUAGAAAAGCCCUAAAUAAUUAUAAACAUUCCCUUGUUAUUGCAAACAUGUUACAAAAUCGUAAACAACAAGUUGUAAUGGUAACAGCAAAUGAAGAUUAUAAAAUAAAUCUUACUCAGGAACAAUUAAAUAAUGGUGAAGAAAUUGAAAAAUACAUUGUUGCUGAUGUCGUAAAUAAACAUGAACAAUCAAUAAUAAAAAAUUAAACAUUAAUUAUAUUAAUAAAUUGUUAUUAUAAUUAAAAACAUAAUUAAACAAUUAUAUACAAAAUGAAAAUAAUAAUAUACAUAUAUAUGGUGUAAUAAUAAUAAUUAAAAAUAAAAUAAUAUAAUUUAUUUUCCACUUC